AGGCCGUCUGCACACACUCACAUGCUGCCCUUGUAGUUGCAGUGGAUCACCACCACCGGGCGAUGUAGUCACAGCGGCUUCGCCUGCAGCUCACUGACUCACAGGGAGCAAACUUCUCUCUCUCUCUUUCUCUCUCUCUCUUUCCAGCACUUUCUGCUCUCUUCUCUCUGACAAUCUGUUCUGCUGACUGACAACAUCCACGGAAACCCUGUGGAGGACAGACUCUUCCUCUCUUAUUUGUUAUUUGGGUCUCUCUCUCUCUCUCUCUUGAGCCUUGUGGGUGUGCACGUGUGUGAGUGUGUGUGUAUGUGCGUGUGCAUGUGUGUGCAUGUGAGUCAGUAUGCCAUGUCGUCCCCGGGCUCGUCGUUUGUGCAGAUAAAGCAUGAAGACCUCCUCUUCUAUGAGAACUGUGGAGGAGGCAGCUUUGGGAGCGUCUACAGAGCCCUCUGGAUAUCCCGGCAAAAGGAAGUGGCUGUCAAAAAGCUUUUGAGGAUUGACAAAGAGGCUGAGAUUCUUAGUGUCCUGAGUCAUAAGAACAUCAUCCAGUUUUAUGGAGCCGUCCUUGAAUCUCCAAACUAUGGCAUUGUCACAGAGUAUGCUAGUGGUGGAUCUCUGUACGAGUAUCUUUCCAGCGAGCACAGUGAGGAGAUGGACAUGGAGCAGAUCAUGACGUGGGCCAUCCAGAUAGCUAAAGGAAUGCAUUACCUCCACGCAGAAGCUCCAGUCAAAGUAAUUCACAGAGACCUCAAGUCACGGAACGUGGUAAUGACGGCAGACAAAGUCCUCAAGAUUUGUGACUUUGGGGCAUCUAAGUUCCUGUGCCAUACCACCCAUAUGACUGUGGUGGGCACAUUUCCCUGGAUGGCUCCAGAAGUCAUCCAGAGUCUGCCCGUCUCUGAGACGUGUGACACUUACUCCUAUGGCGUGGUGUUGUGGGAGAUGCUGACUCGGGAGGUUCCUUUCAAAGGUUUUGAGGGGCUGCAGGUUGCGUGGCUGGUGGUGGAGAAACAAGAGAGGCUGACCAUCCCUACCAGCUGUCCAGCAAGUUUUGCAGAGCUGUUGAGGAAAUGUUGGCAAGCAGACCCAAAGGAGCGGCCACAGUUUAAACAGGUGUUGGUGACUCUGGAGACGAUGGCGAAUGACAGCAGGCUACCAGAGCAAUGUAACUCCUUCCUACACAACAAGGACCAGUGGAGGUGUGAGAUUGAAUCAACCCUGGAGCGCCUACGGAAAUUGGAGAGGGAGCUUUACUCUAAGGAAAAGGAGCUAGAGGAGCGUGAAAGGAGGCUCAGACUGUGGGAGGAGAGGCUGAUGGAGAGAUCCAACAUGUCUCCCAGUCCAACGUCUUUACUUAUGGAGCGCACAAACAUCACACCGUUCUUUCCAUCAAUGUCCAUCGGUUCCUCCGGCUCCUUCUUCCGCUCACACUCUCAAGAAUCCAACAGUGCAAGCGUCAGCAGUGCUGGUGUCAGCAGUCUCCUCCGCACCCUCAGCAAUGGAGACACGGAGAGGGGGACGGGUGGACUCCUGGAGAAGGGGAUUGGCUCACUGGACAGCGGGAGGAUGCACGCCAUGCUCCGAGGGUUCCAGGGAGGCUUUGUUGAAGACGACGAUGAAGAGGAAGGAACCCUAGAGGAGAAAGGAUGGGGGCAGAGGGGGAGAGAGGAAAGUGGGAGUCUGGAGGGGGGGAGGGUGCAGGUGACGCUCAGGAGCUACCCGGGGGGUGUUGUGGAAAGAGAGGAGAGGACAUGGGAGGAGGGAGACAGGGAUAAAGGGGGAAUGCAGAGGAGCAGGGUGACCACCAUACUGCGAGGAUUCUCAGGUGGGUUUGGAGAAACGGAAGGGGAGAGGGAGGGAGGAUGGGAGAUAGAAAAACUGGGGGAUAAGCAAGCUGAGAAAGAGACAGAGGGAGGGCUAGAGGGAGGGAGACUCCCAACCAUGUUCAAAGGUCUCCACGGGGGUCUGGGCACUUUAGGAGAAAUGCUGUCUUUAGAUAUGGAUGAAAUUGGGGAAAUGGAGGGAAUAGGCGAUGUGGACAUGAACGUGGGUGACAUGGGGGUAAUCAAGGUCAGAGGUCACCGUGUCAGGAGUGAGCUAGGUGUCCGGGGUUGCAGGAGUGACAUGGGUGUCGUUGUUAAGGGAAUCAGAAGCGACCACGGUGAGGCCAUUAGCCGAAAGAUUAGAGGAGAAAUGGGCGUCAUUGGCCACUCAGGGGUGCAGGUGAGCAUGCAGGCAUCGUCCAAUCAGGACUCUUUGAAGAGCUGCAGUGUGCGACAUGGAUCAAAAAUCAACAUGGCCACUGCAGCCAUGGACAUGAUGGAGCUUGGCUGGUCUGACGACAGUGACUAAAACAAAGGGUGGGGGGGAAGAAACCUCCCCCACAAGCACGCACACGUAGAAAAGAAAAAAAAGAGGCCAAACUCGAAUGAUUUUGACUUGAGAAUUUCCAUUUACAAAGAGCUGGAUAGUCACUUUUGUUUUGGUUAAACAACAUUUUAAAAAUUUAAAUAAUGAAUACUACACCCACACACACUGUGAAGUAGGAAGAAACAGUCAAAAAACAGUUCUCAGUUACUUCACUUUUGUAAUUUAAUGUGCUUUUAUGACUGCUGCUUAACCGUCAGAGGUACAAGUGUUUGAAAAUAACACUUUCUAACGAGGCAGCACCGACAGAUACCAUUUUCCUGCUUAUCUUGUAGUUUGUAGAUUUGAUUUGUUCAAAACAAGCUUCUGUGAUCAAGUGUGCAUUUUUUGACAUUUUUUUCUGUGUACUCUAUAAUUUUUCAAUAAAAAGAAAACAAAUCCUUCCA